AUGGGCUGGCCGGUGUGCAAUACCACACUGGAAGACGAGACCAUCCAUGAGAUCGACUUAUGGGAUGGCGGUCUUACCUUCCACGAGCUUUGCGUUAUACUUGUCGGCGUUUUCGCGCUCAUUGCUGGGUUUGUCGCCUUUUACCUGAUCAUGCGACAUGCGACCCAUUACAGCAAACCCACUGAACAACGACAUACUAUUCGGAUUCUUUUGAUGAUACCUAUUUACGCUCUCGUCUCCUGGCUCAGCACCUUCUAUUACAAACAUGCCGUUUACUACAGCGUCCUGGGCGACUGCUACGAAGCAUUCACGAUCUCCGCCUUCUUUGCGUUGAUGUGUAGUUAUAUUGCCCCCGACUUGCAUAGCCAGAAGGAUUACUUUCGCGCAAUACAACCGAAAAACUGGGUCUGGCCUAUAACCUGGCUGCAGAAGAUUCCCGGCGGGAAGAAAGGUAUUUGGAGGGUGCCGCGGAGCGGCCUGACAUGGUUCAAUGUUGUCUGGGUUGGAGUCUUUCAAUAUUGCUUUUUGCGCGUAUUGAUGACCAUUGUCGCAGUGGCUACACAAAAGGCCGACCUGUAUUGCGAAUCGUCUCUUAACCCGGCAUUCGCCCAUAUCUGGGUCCUAGCCAUCGAGUGUAUUGCGGUCACUAUUGCGAUGUACUGCCUGAUACAAUUUUAUAUCCAGAUCAAGGAUGAAAUUAGCGAGCACUCUCCGUUCUUGAAGAUCCUGUCAAUAAAGCUCGUUAUUUUCUUGUCAUUCUGGCAAACGAUUGUAAUAUCCUUUCUGUUUUCUUCCGGUGCUAUCAAAGCCUCGAAAAAGAUUGCUGCGCCUGACCUUAAGGUCGUUCUUGCGCACCUCAUUAUCAGCAUUGAAAUGGCGUUCUUCGCCAUAUUACACCUCUGGUCAUUUCCAUGGAAACCAUAUGCCACCGGGUUUCAAACCGAUGAAAUCACCGACAUGUACGGAAAUGGUAAAAGUACUUACCAAGGCGGACGCUGGGGACUUCGCGCACUUCUUGAUGCCCUCAACCCAAUCGAUCUCGUCAGGGCCGUUGGACGCAGCAUGCGUUGGUUAUUUGUUGGUCGAAAGAACCGAACACUUGACCCAAGUUACCAGCCUACGAACGAAGCCAUCCGCCUCAAUCCAACAGACGCCGAGACGCAUCCAGCCGACACAAGCUAUGGAGGUGCUGGUGCUGCUAUGACAGGCGGUGCUUCAAGUCGUUACGGGAAACAACAAGAUGAAGAAGGCGAAGUCCUACUGUCCCAUGCCCAGCCAAACCCGUCAACCACAGAUAUGGGAACAGCCCCUCCACCAUACGACGAGGACCGGGAUCAGUACCACUUCGUCAACAGGUCCGAUGAGCAUCUUGCAGAUUCCAAUGUUCAUCCACACUCGGGGUCAAUGUCACCAUUUGAGGAGAUGCAUUACUCCUCUGGACCGUCUAGGUCCCCGUCGGAUUCAGAUAGUGGGCCUUACCACAAUACCGCCGGGAACCCAACUACUACUAGUCGCUUCCCGACAACAUCAACCGAACUCCAGGAGCAGCCACCCAUUCCACUACCAGAUUCCUAUCAACCCCCACAUACCCGAUAUGAUUACGAUUCCCGGGGACGGCGAUACUAG